AUGGCCGAAUUGGUAGGCACCUGGACAUCCAAGUCCAAUACUGUUUUCACUGGACCUGGCUUUUAUGACCCAGAAGAUGAAUUGUUGAUUGAACCUGAUUUGCCAGGUAUUUCAUACUCUUUCACUGAAGAUGGCCACUACGAAGAAGCUUUGUACAGAGUCGUUGGUAACGCCAGACAGCACGAGUGUCCCAUCGCUUCUGUCACCUAUCAACACGGUACGUACGAGUUAUUGUCAAAUGGCUCGCUUGUGUUAACACCAAUUGCUGUUGACGGAAGACAAUUGUUGAGUGACCCAUGUGCCACCGGCAACAACCAAUCUACCUACACCAGGUAUGUCCAGCCAACCUGGUUCAAAACCUACCAAGUUUUUGUUGAUUCGUACCACGGCAGAUACACUCUUCAGAUCUACCAGUUUGACGGAUCCAUGAUGCAACCAUUGUAUUUGGCUUAUAAACCUCCUCUCAUGUUGCCAACUUAUGCCUUGAACCCUACAGAUGCUGCCUCUAAGACCAAGUCGUCCUUGCGUAGAAGGGUCAAGAGGUCGUUGGAGAACCAGUAUAGAACCAAUGCUGUCAAGGACAUUGCUGGCGAGAACUUUGAGAAGUACUGGUGGAUCUCUGUGGCUUGUUUGGGCGCAGCAUCAUCGUAUUUGUUCUUGAAGUAG